AGAAAUAUUCUCCUCAUGGGUGCUCCUGGAGCUGGAAAGACAUCAGUGGGCCGAAUUUUGGCUGACAAACUUGGAAAACCCGUUAUCGAUAUAGAUGACGAUGUUCUUGAGAAGACAUGGGGCAUACCUGUGGCAGAGAAGCUGGCCAACGUUGGAGACAAGGCUUUUCUGCAAGAGGAGGGACAGGCUGUGUGCAAUUUUUCUGCCUCUGGGUGUGUUAUUUCACUGACUGGCUCGAACCCACUUCAUUCGGAUGCCAUGAGGCACUUAAAACGCUUUGGGCUCACUCUGUACAUGGACGUGGACACCGAAGACAUCCUGGAGAGACUUGGCAGAAUGAAAGUGAACAGAAUUGUGGGGCAGGAAACUGGGGGCUCUAUAAAAGAGAUAUUAGAGUACAGGAAGCAGUUUUAUGAGAAGUGGCUUGAUGCCAGAGUGUUUUGUGGGAGAGGGGAUAGUGUAGCAGAAGUGGCAGAAAAGGUUCUGAAGGUUCUGCAUAGAUACUCUGAAUCGGAGACCUACUGUUCCACUAGGAGUGAUCAUCCUGGUGGUAGUGACCCAAAGUUCUUUAGUGAUGUAGUUGUGGAAGGAUUAGCUCAAGAUGGUGGUCUGUACGUGCCAAAGAAGGGAUUCCCAAAACUAGAACCUUCGGAAUGGAUAAGAUUGGCUGGAAUGUCUUACACUGAUCGUGCUUUAGUAAUUCUUGAGAAGUGCAUUCAUCCAGUGGAUGUCACUCCAACAGAACUUCGCUUAAUGGUUAACCAAGCCUACGGUCAGAACUUUGCCAGUAAAGAGGUGGCACCUGUAAAGCUUCUUGAUAAAAAUCAGUAUGUCCUGGAGCUGUUUCAUGGUCCUACUGCCUCAUUUAAAGACCUAGCACUGCAGUUAAUGCCCAAGCUUUUUGCUCACUGCAUUCCACAGAUGUGCAACUAUCUGAUUCUGGUGGCCACAUCUGGCGAUACAGGAAGUGCGGUUCUUAGUGGGUUCAGGAAUCUUAGUGAAAGUGAUAGGCAGCGCAUUGGUGUGUUGAUCUUUUUUCCUGAGGAUGGUGUAAGUCCCAUCCAGAAGUUGCAGAUGACUAGUUUUAACGAAGGCAAUGCCAGGGCUUUGAGUGUCCUUUCUGAUUUUGACUUCUGUCAGAGAAGCAUCAAGAAGAUCUUCAACCACUCACUACUGAUGGGUCACUUUGCUGUGGAGUAUGCAACCAAUCUCAGCACAGCCAACUCCAUCAACUGGGCACGGCUCCUCCCACAAGUGAUCUACCACUCCUCGGCAUACCUGGAUCUUCUCAGAGAUGGUGUGGUCCAAUUUGGAAAUCCCAUCGAUGUCUGCAUUCCAACUGGAAACUUUGGGAAUGCCAUGUCUGCCAUCUAUGCCAAAGAAAUGGGCAUCCCAAUUAGGAAUGUCAUUUGUGCAUCUAAUCAUAACUGCAUUGUCUCUGACUUUAUCUCACUGGGAUGCUAUGAUCUGCGAGGCAGAAAGCUAAUACCCUCUAUUUCUCCUGCAAUUGACAUUUUAAAGUCAUCCAAUCUGGAAAGAUUUUUGCAUUAUGCCACAGGUGGAGACACUAAGCUUGUCCAGAAUUUGUUUACUACCCUAGAGAUAGACCAGUGCUUUACAGUGCCCAAAGAUUUAUUAAAGAGGAUACAGCAAGGUGUCCAGGCUGGAUGGUGCUCAGAAGAUGAAUGUCUGGCAGCCAUACAGGAGGUGCACUCCAAGACAGCCUACAUAAUGGACACUCACACUGCUGUCGCUAAAGUUGUGGCUGACCGGCUGCAUGAUAAGACAUGUCCUCUCGUGUUAUGCUCCACUGCACAUUAUGGCAAGUUUGCGCCCACCGUUCUUAAAGCUCUGCGAUGCCCAGAUAUACCGCAUGACCCACAUAAACAGCUUGAUGCUCUUUGUGCUAUUGGAGGAAAAGACACUAUGCAUAAAACUCUGUAUAAUUGUGUGAAAGACAGAGCAAGUCGUCCACAUAGGAAAUGUCAUGCUGAUUUCAAUGUGCUAACAGACGAAGUAGAGUCAAUGAUGCAUGAUUCAUUUUUGAAAGUCAGUUAGGAUCUGUCCAUUAACUAUCUAGUUAAAGGUUUUUUUCAGUACUGCAAUUACAAUUAUUCCUCAUCUUUGUUCCAUAAAACAAAACAACACAAAAAACAUUAAGCAAACAAAUAAAAUACAUUUUGUGUAACAUAUUUAAUGUAACGAUUUCAAUUUCAAUUUCAAUUUCAAUGGGCGCAAGGCACACAGUAACACCCAGGACAGGGCGCCAGUCCAUCGCAGGGCAGACACACAUAUACUCACAUACACACACACACAUACACACAUCUAUUUACUUAUAGGGCAAUUCAGUGUCUCCAAUUAAUCUGACUGCAUGUUUUUGGACUGUGGGAGGAAACCGGAGCUCCUGGAGGAAACCCACGCAGACACGAGGAGAACAUGCAAACUCCACACAGAAAGGAUCCGGACCGCCCCACCUGGGGAUCGAACCCGAGCCAUUGUGCCGCCCCUUUUUAAUCACUGUAUGUUUAUAUUAUAUUCAUUGUAUUUUCUAAUUAUGAAAUACUAUGCCUUUAAUCCUUAUGGGUAUCUGGUACGAGAUGUCACAUAAAAAUAAAAUAAAAAUUUUAGAUGCCAUUUAAAUGAAAAACAGACAAACAAUUGAUUAAACCAAUCAUGGAUAUUACAUUAAAAGAGAAUUGCCAAACAAAGUGAGGGAACUUGAAUUGCUGAAUUGCUAGUGCCUUGCAGUUCUUGUGCUGGUAAAUUGUGGAAGGACAGGUGAACCUACAAAUCAUCACUGUUUCGGAGAAGCUCUAAUCUGACCUAAAGCAUUGUACAUGUUAUUAGUUCUUUAGCACAUCAUGCCUGUAUUUCAAAAGUCACCUAUACUCUUGAAAGUGAACGGUUGUCCUGUUAUCAAGUUGUUAUAAAAUGCUGAGAACACAGAAUACAGCUGCUGAGACCAGUCUACUGUGUGUUUAAUGGACCAUCUUUCAUGCUAAAGGAGUAAAAAAAAUCACAUGAAUUUAGCCACCCCUUCUAAUAAUAAAAUUAAUGUAUACCAAUACAGUAUCAACAUAGCAAUAUAGUAUAAAACUUACAAUUAAUGUAAUAUACAAGUUGUAAUAUACAACCCCAAAUCAGAAAAAAAUGGGACAGCAUAGAAAAUGCAAAAAAUAAUAAAAAAUACAGAGUUUCUUACAUUCACUUUGACUUUUGAAUGCAGACAGGAUAAACAUGAGAUAUUUCAUUUCAUUUAUUAAUAAACAUCUAUUUCUGCAUUUCAGGCCUGCAACACAUUCCAAAAAAAAUUGGGACAGUAAAGCAUUUACCACUUUGUAAUGUUGCCAUUUUUUUUCACCACACUUAAAAUACAUUUUGGCUGCAAACACGUCUUAAGAUGUGCAACAGUACGGGGUCGUCGUCACAUUUUGCGUUUUAAAAUUCUCCACACUUUUUUUGAACAUUUCAAUAAUUUUCUCAUGCAUUUGUUGACAAACUGGAGAUCCUCUGAUCAUCUUUGCUCAUUGAAGACUCAGCCUUUCCUGGAUGCUGCUUUUGUACCAAACCAUGAUUACAAUCACCUGUUGACAUCACCUGUUUGGAAUCACCUCAUUACUAGCCCUAAAUUGCCCCCGUCCCAACUUUUUUGGAAUGUUUUGCAGGCCUGAAAUGCAGGAAUUAAGGUAUAUUAACAAAUGAGAUGAAGUUGAGCAGAUAAAACAUGAAAUCUUGUGUUAAAGAGUAUAUAAUAAUAAUAUUCUUUCCUGGUAAAACCUACGGCAACUCUGAUGAGGAUGAAGCAGUUAAUGAAAAUGAAUUAACAUUAAAUAUUCUUGCUUUUUUGUCCCCCAUUUUGAAUAUUUCAAAAUAAAUAAAUACAAAUGUAUAGUAAUUCUGUAUUAAAAUGUGCUUCCUGUAAGGGAUGUAUUAACUUCUCUUGUUUAGGGGGAGGAACUACUAUCAAAAAAACUGUCAUUUUUGUUUUGCACAUGCAAUAAGUGGCACAGCCCACAAGUAAGAACAAAUAGUAAAAUUAGCUGGGUAAUAGAAAGUUCUGGAAUUUGAUAGUUGUAAUAUGUUUUCUGUUGAGAAUGGUAAAUGCUGUUUGCCCAGCAAGGAAGACCGUUCGCAAAAUGUGUCUACUAGAUGGCAGUGUCAUACUUCCAAAAGUUAAACAUCUAGAAGGUGGAAUAUUACUUAAACCUGAUCCUAAGUGUGCACUUUACUGUUAUACUCCUGUUUUAAUUGAAUGUGUGUAAUCAUGUGUUUAAUUAACUCCCCUUUUAAUGGUCUAAAACAGGCUAGAAAGCUUUCAAUACUGAUUACAUUGUCUAGCCAAAGAUUCUGUAAACAACACUGAUUAAUGUGUUAUUUCCUGUUCAGUUGUUUUUCUUCAGUGUGACUUUGCAAAAAAAAUCCAUACCUUCUUUAUCAAGUUUCAUUUAUUCAUUUAUUGUCUGUUUGCUUUUGGAUUAGGGUCAGCAAUCCCAGAUACAGCCUGCACAGGCCAUCGAUCCAUUACUGGGCAAAGGACACUCAAUCUUACUUGAUUGUAAAUCCAGACAUGCUUAGCUAAUUGUCCAGAUGUUCAGUUGUAUAGGUCAAUCUUCAGAUUUAAGUGAGGCUAUCUGACACAUUACACAUAUGAACAAUCCUCCUCUCUCAUAACAGGCAAAUCAGAAAUAACUAAUAAUGUAAGGGGGGAUCGAACUAGAUGUCUGUCUUGAACUAAGUGUUUGACUCAACGGAAUAAUGCAACUAAAUGCUUGUUCUUCCAGUCUCUGAAAAGUCAAUUUUAUUUGUAUAGAACUUUUUACAGUGAACAUUGUCUCAAAGCAACUUUACAGAAUCCAAAACCUACAGACCAAAAACCCCUGUUGAGCAAGCUGAGGGCGACAAUGGCAAGGAAAAACUCUCUUAAAAUUACGGGAAGAAACAUUGAGAGGAACCAGACUCAGCAGGGACCCCCAUCCUUCUUGGGUGGCCUGGAGGAUAAUUUAAAUAAAUAGGAUUGACACAAAUCAUACAUACACAAAAUUAAAUUAAACUAAUAGUUAUAACUAGCAAAAAAUAAUUGGAGUUCUUCAUUAUUUGUCUGUAAUAAAGUCCGUAGUGAGUUCUUGACAUUUUUGGUGCAAACAAGGCAGGUACCAGUCACAUCUAGCAGGAGCAGCAUUGUUGGCACAGCAGUCUCGACGUGCCGUCUUUAACCUCGGGGUAAAACAACAGAAGAUGUAGUUGAAAUGUGAAAUCAUUAAGCCACCACUUUACCUGAGCUUGUCUGCUUGGCAUGCUUUACUGCCAUUCUGGUUUGGAUGCUGCCUCACCUUUUUCAAUUUCUUUUUUGGUUGGGAAAUACAGAAACAUGGUUCUCUUCUUAAUUCACAAG